UAUAUAAAAUAACCAAACAAUUGCCAUUCAAAAACAGAACCUUAAGAAGCAUCCCAGCUUCUUCUCUACCUCUUCUCAAUCCUGCAACUCUCUUCCUCCUAUUUCUCCACUUCAUUUAGCUUCCCAGCUUCUCUCAUGCUGAUAAUCUCUCAAUCUGCUCUUCCUGUUCUAAAUGCCUCCCUGUUUCUUUCAUAGCCUUUCACACUCUUCUUAAAUUUCAAAAUAAUAUGGCUUCUACCAUCAGUUCCUCUAAUAAAAAACCUCUUUUGAUUGGUAAGAAGCCUUUGAUGCUCAAGGAUUACCUUUGGGAUGACCUCGGCUCCUGUUCCUCCAGUGGCUUCAAAUCCUUUCCCCGCCGACAAUGCUGCACCACCAUCCGAUUUCGACUCCAGAUCGAUCUCAAAACCAACACUAAACAUCGACGUCAACAAUUUUUCAAAACAAGCACAUCAUCUAAAGCAGCUUCUACAACUAUCUCUGCUCUUCAAAAGGCAUCUGAGGCCGUCAUUAACGCUGUUAAGCUGCUUCCUUUUAAUUCCUCCUCUUCUUACUCCAUGAAGUCUUCGUCUCCUUUCGUACACACUAAAAGCAGAAAAAGAGGGCUUCUUCUGCCCCGAAAACUUUCGCGUAUGCUGUUCAAGAAAAGCUUCUGGAAGAAAGCUGAUCACAUAGAAAGAGAAGGCAACAAGAACGAACGAUGGAGAUUGUUCCGUGAGUUCCUCCAGGAAAGAGAUGAGCCAUCUGAUCACAACAUAAAUCAAAAUUCCACCUCCCCCGUUACAGCCGCAUUUACCAUCAGCAGACGCUCAACAAGUUCAAGCAGUAACAGCAAUUGCCAAAGUUGGACUGACAGCGAAUUUACCGGUAACAACAACAGUACUGCAGAGAGUCACAGCAGCCAAAACGCCGCCACAGAAGGGCAGAAAGAUGUUGCCAGGGAGAAGAAAGUCAGCGAGGGAGUAGGCGUAACAGGCGGUCAGGAUUCCAUCAUCUUCUCGGUAGAAAAAAACACGAAGGAGUGGCCCAGUGAGGUGGACAAAGAACAAUUUAGUCCAGUGUCAGUGCUGGACUGUCCAUUCGAAGAUGAAGAAGAGACUAGCUCUCCUUUCCAACGUAAUCUUGUCCGCAUGGAAGGAGCUAAAUACAAAUUUAUGGCAAAGAACAGAAAGUUUGGAAGCCUUUCUCAGCUAGAUCCACUGAACUUGGAAACUCAAAUGGAAUUAACAGGGUUAGAGGAUGAUGAAACCCAUAAAUCCCCUGCAAAAGCUCGUUCGUUGUCCGUCCACAACAACAUGUUCAUUGAUGUCAAACAAGAAAGAAGUGCUCACGACCUUCUUAAGCUCGUAAAUGGAAAAAUAUCAUUGAAUCAUCCCUUGGUAGACGACAACGUAUUAUUAGACUUUUUCAAAGAGAAAAUUAUGGAAAACAAAGCAAAUAAUAGCACGGCAGAAGGAUACAACAAAGCUUUGGAGAAAGAGUUAGACGUAGCGCAAGACUGGAUAAAUGGGCAGCCACAAGAAAUGUUUACAGGGUGGGAGGUGAAGGAUAGCAGGAUUGUGUACGUUAGAGAUAUGGAAAGGAAAGGGAAGUGGAGAAAUUUUGAUGAAGAAAAAGAAGAGUUGGUUUUAGAGUUGGAGCUUGUUAUCUUCACUUCUUUGGUGAACGAAACCAUACUCCAUCUUCUAAGCUAAUUAAUCAGGUUAUAUUAAAUAAGUCAAGGGUGUUGUACUCAUAUGGGGGCAGGCCAUUUAGCUGGGAUGAUUAUUUUCAUUUAUAAAUGGUUCAAGCUUAGUACUUGGCGAUUGCAAUUACUAGAGAGAUUGCUCUCAGUGGAAAUAAAAUAAAAGGCCUUGCCAGUUUGGGUGUUUAGUCGUAGCGGGUCAAAACCCAACACCAACUAGCCCAUAGGAUUGGAUUAUACGUUUAGCCCAACCCAAAAGCCACAGUUUUGGUAUUUAGCAAUCCUCUUGCCAACCUUUUUAAUGUCUUCGUGCUUAUUGUUAGAAUGUAAUAUAUCGUCACAUACUUGAAAUAUUAAUUUAAGCAUUUGAACCAA